GAAACACACAAGAAAACACAUAAGCGAGAGAGAGAGAUCAAAGGAUAAAAAGGCGCGAGAAUGUGAAAAGCCAGUGAAGAGAAACCACUCGGAUCGAUGACGUGGCCAAAUUAUAUUUGAAAUCCCGCCUAAACCCCUAAAGAAUUUUGACAACUCGUGGGAAAUUGAAAUAUCUUUUUAAUUUCUUCUCAUAAGAUAUUUUAACAUCCCCCACUUAACCCUCUCAUCUCUCGGCCUCUCACUCGAAUCUCCUUCACAAAGCGUACAAAUCACAAACACGUAGUUAUUCUCUCUUUACUCUCUCUAUUUCUCUCUCUUCAAACCCUACGAAGAUCUUCUUCUUCUUCUUCAAGAAUCGAUCAUGAAAGGAGCUAAAUCUAAGGCUGAAACCAGGAGCACAAAGCUCUCUGUGACUAAGAAGCCUGCUAAGGGAGCCAAAGGUGCUGCUAAAGAUCCAAACAAACCUAAGAGGCCUUCCAGUGCCUUCUUCGUUUUCAUGUAAUCCUUCGAAUCUUCACUUUUAUCUCUGUUUAGUACUUGUGGUUUGUUUCUAUGGAAUAACUUUAUUCUGGUAAAAAGUUUUUGAGUAUUGACUUUGUACGAAUCUGUUCAAAAGCGAAAAUAGUACCAUUUUCUGUUCAGAACUGAUUUGUAUAUAUUGAUGUUAUUGUUCACACCUAAAUGUACUGGAACGUUGACUGCAUUAUUUAUAAGCUGAUUCUUCUAUUUAAGUUAUUUGUGCUAUAACUUGCGUUGAUUUAUGAUUUGUAGGGAAGAUUUCCGUGUGACGUACAAGGAGGAGCACCCUAAGAACAAGUCUGUUGCUGCUGUUGGCAAAGCUGGUGGUGAAAAGUGGAAAUCCUUGUCUGACUCUGAGAAGGCUCCUUAUGUGGCUAAGGCUGACAAGCGCAAGGUUGAGUAUGAGAAGAACAUGAAAGCCUACAACAAGAAAUUGGAGGAAGGCCCUAAGGAAGAUGAGGAAUCUGACAAGUCAGUUUCAGAGGUUAACGAUGAGGAUGAUGCUGAGGAUGGCAGUGAAGAGGAGGAAGACGAUGAUUAAGAAGUUGAAGUUGUGGUAGCGUAAUAUAGAAGGCUGCAAGGAAUCUCUCGGAUGUUUUUAUCUCCUCUCUUAAAAUGUUAAUUCGGGUGGUUAAAGUGGUUUUUUUUUUUUUUCUUUUUCUUUUUCUUACUGAUGUUUCGUUUUAGUAAACUAUUACCUAUCUCCCACUGAUUCUACGGGUAAUGGAAAAAGUGAAUGUAGAAUGUUUAGAUGGUGAAAUGAGAGAUUUGUAGCUCUAUAUAAUGAAUGAUUUAGUUUUUAAUUCCUCUACGUUUUAAUGCUCUUUAGACUCUUUGUUUCUAGUUGAUAUGAGGAUUUAUACCCCUGAAAAAAAUAUUAGUGUAAACCAUGUUUUUACUUAAAUCAUAUUGGGGUUGUGAGUCCUAUUGCAUAAUCACGC